AUGAGCCAGUCCAGUUCCACACACUCUAUGAGCCUGAUGUGUUUCAUCACCAUCACUGUCGCCCUGUUUCUGUUGCUUGUUACAACCACCCAUGCUAGGAUCUAUGCUGACCCAGACCAAGAACAAGAAAGAAGCUUUGCAAGCCAGUUCUUGAUUCCCCAUAAUGCUGCACGGUCCAAGGUCAGAGUGCCACCAUUGGUGUGGAGCGCAAAACUAACACGCUACGCACAGUGGUAUGCAAACCAGAGAAGCAAUGACUGCGCCCUCGAGCAUUCCAACGGGCGAUACGGUGAGAACCUAUUCUGGGGUGGCGGAGCUGGGUGGACCCCAGCACAAGCUGUCAAGCUUUGGGCCGAAGAGGAGCAAUAUUACAAUUACAAUCUUAAUUCUUGUGAUGAAGGACAAAUGUGUGGUCAUUAUACUCAGAUUGUGUGGAACAACACUAGGAAGGUUGGCUGCGCUAAUGUUACCUGCUCUAGUGAUCAGGGUACCUUCAUCACUUGCAAUUAUCAUCCUCCUGGCAACUACAUUGGAGAAAGACCUUACUGA